GUUCCGUGAUCGAUAUGCUGAACCAGGUGUUGGGAGAGGCUUUGCCCAGAGAAAGGGCAUCCCGGGCAAACCACAUGGGGAACAAUCCGCCACUGAAGCAAAAGUUGCCGAUGAGACUCACCCUUGAAGACUUCAUGCCAGAUGAUUAUGAACAGUUUAUAUGCGUUGCAGAGCACAUGCCUGCAGAAGACGCGGACGGCAGUUGA